UCUACCCUUCCAUUUUGGUUGGGAGUGGAAGCGUAAGCGUAAGCAGCGAGCAGUAGUGGAAAUGGGAACCCUUGGGAGAGCGAUCUACAGCGUUGGUUUCUGGAUUCGCGAGACUGGACAGGCCAUUGAUCGUCUCGGUUCCCGCCUUCAGGGCGGUUACUUCUUCCAAGAGCAGCUGUCUAGGCAUCGAACUCUGAUGAACAUAUUUGAUAAGGCUCCUGUUGUUGAUAAGGAUGUAUUUGUUGCUCCAAGUGCCUCCGUCAUUGGAGACGUUCAAGUUGGUAGAGGAUCAUCCAUUUGGUAUGGAUGUGUCUUGAGAGGUGAUGUUAACAGCAUCAGAGUUGGAAGUGGAACUAACAUACAGGAUAACUCUCUGGUGCAUGUUGCAAAGUCAAAUUUAAGUGGGAAGGUCUUGCCUACAGUUAUUGGGGACAAUGUCACUGUGGGUCAUAGUGCUGUUUUACACGGUUGUACUGUUGAGGACGAGGCUUUUGUUGGUAUGGGUGCCGUAUUACUUGAUGGAGUAGUUGUUGAGAAAAAUGCCAUGGUUGCUGCUGGAGCCCUUGUGAGGCAGAAUACAAGGAUACCUUCUGGGGAGGUAUGGGCAGGCAAUCCUGCAAAGUUCCUGAGAAAGCUAAGUAAUGAGGAGAUAACAUUCAUCUCCCAGUCAGCCAUCAAUUAUACUAAUCUUGCACAGGUCCAUGCUGCUGAGAAUUCGAAGUCGUAUGAUGAAAUUGAGUUUGAGAAGGUGUUGCGAAAGAAGUAUGCUCGUAAAGAUGAGGAGUAUGACUCUAUGCUGGGUGUUGUUCGCGAGAUCCCACCAGAGCUUAUUCUUCCCGAUAAUGUCUUACCUAAUAAAGCAGAAAAGGCUCUUCAAAAAUGAGAAUCAAUCAUGGCUCUUAACGAUCCUGGAAGCAAUUGUUCCUUGAUAUUUUGAACUCUGUUCUCUAAUUUGGUUAAGGCACAGUAGUGCCAUGUAGAAUCAUUGAUGCCGAUCUUAGUGUUUGUUGUAUCCAGUGCAAGUGAUUUCACAUUUUUUUUUAUCUUGAUUUGUAUGUUGAAAGGCAUUAUUUGUCAACUUGGUUCAUAAGUUCUCGUUGACAUCUUUAUUAAUGAGGACACCUAUCUGUGUUUGUCUCCA